CUGGCUACUCGACAGAGACCGCACUCCUCUCGGUCAGUGAGUCGCUUCACGCCGCACAAGCAGCCUCCCAUUCAUCCAUCCUGAUCCUCCUAGACCUUUCUGCUGCCUUCGACACAGUCGACCACCCCAUCCUCCUGCCCUCCCUGGCAGCUAUGGGGAUCUGUGGCACAGCACUAAACUGGAUCGAGUCCUACCUCUCCUGUCGCUCCUUCCAAGUCGCCUGGGCCGGUGCAGUAUCGGCACCUCGCCCCCUUGCCACAGGAGUUCCCCAGGGCUCAGUCCUUGGUCCCCUCCUGUUCUCCCUGUACACCCAAUCUCUUGGUCCUGUAAUCUCUGCCCAUGGUCUGUCUUAUCAUUGUUAUGCCGAUGACACCCAACUCUUUCUCUCCUUCCCCCCCUCUGACACACAGGUCUCCGCUCGCAUCUCUGCUUGCCUGAGGGACUUCCAGAGCUGAAUGGAUAACCACCAUCUUAAGCUGAACCCAGGGGACACCGUGGUGUCAUCAUCACCCACUGCCAAAAACCUCGGAGUGGUGAUGGACAACAGACUGUCCCUCUCCCAGAACAUCGCGGCGGUGAGUCGAACGUGCAGGUUCUUCCUGUACAACAUCCGGAGAAUCCGUCCCUUCCUCACCACCUACGCAACCCAGCUCCUGGUUCAAGCGAUGGUCCUGUCCCGCCUGGACUACUGCAACUCGCUGCUGGCUGGUCUGCCAGCAUCCGCCAUCAGACCCCUGCAGCUCAUCCAGAAUGCUGCAGCUCGUCUGGUCUACAACCUCCCCAGACAUUCCCAUGUCACCCCCCUGCUCACUGACCUCCACUGGCUGCCUGUUAUGGCUCGCAUCAAAUUUAAGACUUUGGUGCUUGCAUACCAGGCAGCUAAGGGGUCAGCACCAGGAUACAUCCAGAGGAUCAUCAGACCCUACACACCAGCCAGACCUCUCCGUUCUGCCACCUCUGGACGCUUGGCACCUCCCCCUCUUCGUGUCUGUACUUCCCGUUCGCGUCUGCUGCCUGUCCUGGCCCCUCACUGGUGGAAUGACCUUCCCGUGCCGGUCAGAACAGCAGAGAAUCUGACUACCUUCAAACGCAGACUAAAGACUCAUCUCUUCAGGCUGCACCUCUCCCCACCCCUCCCUAGCCUCUAGUUUAGCUCUACUCUA